AUGGAGCAAGAAGUAUUGGAUUGUCUUCAAAAGUUACAGCUCACACGAGAGAAAGAAGAUGAUAUAGUCAUAACAAAUGUUGCUAGAUCAGAGCUAAUUGAAGAAUGUUCGUUAAGUCUCUUUGGGUGCCUUCUCACAAACCGUCAACAGAAUCAAAGAGCUUUCAAAAAUACUCUGAAGUCAGCGUGGAAAAUGGGGUCGAAUUUGAAGAUUGUGGAGGUGGGGAAUAACAUAUUGCAAUUUAAAUUUGGUUCAUUGUGUCAGUUGGAGUGGGUUGAAAAAGGUGGUCCAUGGAACUUUGAUAAUAACCUGCUUCUACUAAGCCAAUGGAGGAAAGGGUUAACAACAUCCAAUAUUUCCUUUACCAAUGCUCCUUUUUGGGUCCAAGUUUGGGGUUUACCAUUUGAAUAUAUGUCUAAGGAUGCCGGAAAAGAUAUAGGGAGCAAACUUGGCAAAGUUAUUGAAGUGGACAAAAGAUCGCUACAAGUGGAGCAAGCAAAGUUUAUGAGAAUACAAGUAGAAAUACCUAUUGACAAACCUCUUCGCAAAGGAGGGAAUAUUACCAACGCAAAGGGAGAACGAUGUUGGAUCAUUUUUAGGUAUGAGCGACUUCCUACUUUCUGUUAUAUCUGUGGAAUACUUGGGCAUGAUGAUAAACAUUGCCAAAUGAGUCAAACUGAGGGCUUGAAAGAGAAACAAUACGAAGAAUGGCUCAAGGCAGGAGGCAUGGUCAAAAGUGGAAGUGAGAAAGGAAAAGCAUCCAAUGGCAGAAAUUCGGACCCAUAUGGACGGUGA